AUGGACGACAAUAAUGCGCAAAGCUUCGCUUCAGCGUCUCCUCCUCCUCCGCCUCCAAAAGAAUAUCCUUCCCUUCAGCGUCUGCCCUCCCUUUCCACCUCCGUCUCGGCCGCUGUAAAACCUUUCUCUCCAGCCUCCUCCUCUUCCUCUGUCCGCCGAAAACCUCUACCGUCCAACGUCUCCCCUGUCCUCACAUCGCCCGAAGCACAGACGACUCAGACGCGAGUAGAGUCACCCUCGAGGACCAUACGGAGAAAGAGAGUCCCCUCUGACGUUGUUGUCCAGACAAAUCCUCAGACAAGCUCGCCCAUUCUCAAUCGGAGUAAUACGAGCGAUAGCAUCCCGAAGAAGACCAUCAUCGACACUCCCCUCCCUCUUCCUGCGAGUGACGGCGUAUCAGCUUCUCCAGAGCGCAGCCACACCUCCAAGCGAUCAAAUGGUUACUCGGUAGACACCGUCAUUGUAGAGGAGGAUAUGGGGUUGAAACCCGGGUCGAGGCCUCCGCCUCUGCGGACGGACUCGACCUCAUCCACGAAAUCUCUGACGGUGAUUGACGCGAAGAAACCUCAGACCCCGGGGAGCAAGUUCACAUCAUUCUUCAGCCGUAAACCCGCAGCCUCGCCAAGCACAGAAUCGUCCGUCACCGACAUCUCCGAUAGGAAAUCUCCCCUACCAUCACCCUAUGGUCCUUCACCACACGCUUCGGCACAUUCCUCGCAAGGGUAUCCAUUCCCGUCAGCGGUCCCGAGACCUCCGACAUCACAACCCUCUCAGGACUCGAUUGAGUUUGAUGGGAGCACGUACGCUCAGACGCUGGUCAACAAUGAUGGCAAUAGAAUCUCCAAGCUCGAAGCCGAGCUCCGUGACAUCAGCGCGGAACUCGCCAAUUCUAUCAAAAGAGAGAUGGAUUUGGAGGACCUCGUGGAACAGCUCCAGACUGAGGGCGCCAACGCGAACAGAGAGACGGACCGCACGAGUGAUUAUUUUUCGGAUUCGGGCACGAGUUCCAUCAGGCCGUCGACGAGUGAAGGGAAUCCAAAAGAAGAAAUCCAGAGGAUCAAGAGAGAGUCGGAGCAGCUUCGAGCGCAGCUCAAGGUCGAGAUGUCGCAGAAAUGGCAAAGUGAAAGAUCGAGCCGGCAGGCACUGGAAUCUCACAUUCAGAUACUCGAGCAGAAGCUCUCGCUGUCCCGUCGAGACAAUAAUGAAUCCGCGGAUAUCACUGCGAGGGCCAAGGAACUGGAAGUGGCCCUCGAUGACGCCAAAAGAAGGCUGAUGGAAGAGAGGCAGAUCAAGGAGAACUUCGAAGAUCUGCUGACGGCUCUCCGUGUCGACUUGGAGCACCAUCGAAACGAAAGAGACAACUUGCGGGACGAAGUAGUACCUCAACUUCGUUCACAAAUCGAAGGUCUUGAGACGAGCCUGUCCGAGUCACAGAAAUCGGACUACGACUUUACACGGAUGCAGCAAGAGCUGCAGAGUCUCCGAGACGAAAACAAUGCCCUCCAGAGUGCUCGUGCGAUGAACAUGCAAUUUCAGUCGAUCGCGGAAGAAGGCGAGACCGUUGACUCCCCAAGAACUUCCACGAUUCCCGGUCGUGGGAGCGGUCUACAAAGAUCAAACACCAUUUUGAACAGAUCGAACUCGAGAGCUACACCAAACCGAUCGAAUUCCUUGUCGAGGUCGAACUCUGCGGUCAAUCGCACUGUGCCGGAGAGUCAACAAUCCCUAGCCGAUCAGCUGAAGGACGUGACCGAACAAAGGAAUGCUUUACACUCAACCGUGAAGUAUCUGUUAAGAAGACAAGAGGCACAACGGCGACAGUUUGAGAAGCGCCUCAAUCUCACCGAAGCCGAACGAGAUCGAGCUGCUUCUUUACACGGACCCAAAAAGGGCGGCUACGAACGAGAGGUCCGGACGCUGCGUUCCGAGAUCAAUCUCCUUCGGAAGCGGGCAGACGAGGCUCUGGAACAAAAGUGGCAGUGUGAAAAAGGAUUGUCCGGUUUGAAAAUGGACCUGGACCGAAGCAAGCAGGAAACUGCUAGUCUACAAACACUGUUACAAGCUCGUGACGAGAGUGCCCCCGAAGUUCUCUCAUCGACACUUGAGCAAGCCCUGCGUCAGCUGGAGCAACAGCGGGAUCAGGCUCGACAGCAAGAGUCCCUUGGCUCAUUGAAUAAAGAACAAGACCUGGCUACCGAGUUGGAAAUGUCUGCACAAAGGUCGGAGUCGUUGGCCGUCCAGGUCAGAAAGCAAAUGCAAGCCAAUGCCGCCUUGAGGAACCGACUCAAGAGCGCCGUGGAGAUGGGUGAACAGAAUCAACAUGCAUCGGCAGAACAGAUCAACGAACUCCAGACCAAGCUUCGCAAAUUGGAAGACACCAUCACCGUCGCUCAAAUGCAAUCAGAGACCGCAGUCAUGAAGCACGAGGAAGAAGUGCGCGUGUUGAGAGCGAGCCAUAACAUCCAGUUGAUGCGUACGAAGUCUGGACACAAGACGCCGGGAUACUUGACGCCGGUGCCUCGGUCUCCUAUGUCGCCCAUGUUUGCCAACUCCAAAAAGAGUCCCCGUAUCAACCAGACGACUUCAGGCCCAGGCAUUGCGUUGCAACAGGCUUUGAAGACGGAGUAUCUGGAGAACAAGGUGGCCGAGCUUGAGAAAGCCCUCUCGGAAGCAGAAAAGGAGAUGGGAGAGGUAGUUGGACGGAUGAACACGGCUCAGAUGGGCGUUGCUGAGCUAGAAUCGGAGAGAGACGAAGCUCUUCGCCAAACGCGGCGGCUUGAAGCUGCCAUCGCUGCAGAACGUGAGAAAGUGCAGGCGCUUCUCAACGACGACUUUAACUACGCUUCAGAUUAUUAA